ACAGGUACCAUUUCUGCUACUCAAUCAACCAAAACAUCGGAAGGAAUAGCCUUUUUUUAAUGUUUUUGAGUAGAGAUUUUCAAUUUCUUCAGCAAUGUUUAAUGCAUUUUUCAAGAAACUAGUUCCACUAGGUAGGAUUGAGAGAGAUCCAUUCAUCCAAUUGAGUUUUUUUCGAUUCAAAAGUUCACUUAUCAGCAGACGCUCAGUGCCAGAAGACGCCCAACACCCCUCUUUCACUGUUUCUUACCUCAUAGACUCCUGUGGGUUGUCACCGGCAACUGCCCUCUCUGUCUCCAAGAAUCUGAGUUUUCAGAACCCAGAUAGGCCGAACUCAGUCCUCACUUUCUUCAGAAACCAUGGAUUUACCCAAACGCACAUCUCCAUGGUCGUCCGGAGGCGCCCAACCGUACUUUUAUCUAAUCCUGAGAAAACCCUUUUGCCUAAACUUGAGUUUUUCCUUUCUGUCGGGGCUUCAGGAGCUGACCUUGCGCAGAUCUUUUCCAAAAAUCCAGUACUCUUUUUAUGCAGUGUAGAGAACAAGCUUAUCCCUUAUUAUAAUUUCCUGAAGAAUGUGGUUCUCCUCAGUGAUGAAGAAAUCCUUCGAGCUGUGAAGCGCUCUCAACGGUUGUUUAGAACGAAUUUGCUAAAAGAGAUUGGUCCCAAUAUUUCAGUCUUGAGAGAAUUUGGAAUACCUCAGUCCUUUGUUUCAGCACUGGUAUCUUGUGCACCCAAUAUGUUGCUCUUUAGUCCAGACAAGUUCCAUAUCAUGUUAAAGGAGGUUAUCAAUUUGGGAUUCAGUGCUAAGAAAUCAAACUUUAUCAAUGCAAUGAAUUAUUUUUUUACAAUGAGCAAAUCAACUCGUGAACGUAAAUUGGAGGUUUAUAGGAGGUGGGGUUGGUCUGAGGAUGAGAUCCAAUCUGUUUUCAGAAGGUAUCCUUUAUGCAUGAUUACAUCUGAGAAGAAAAUUGAGUCUGUGAUGGAUUUCCUUGUCAAUAAAAUGGGUUGGCAGUCUUCUGCUGUUGCAAGAUGCCCGGUGGUUCUCAGUUAUAGUUUAGAGAAUAGAAUUGUUCCAAGGUGUUUGGUCAUUACAAUUCUGCAGUUGAAGGGCUUUAUAAAGAAGGAUUUGUCUUUGGCCACCUUUACAGUUCUCUCUGAUAAGAAGUUCUUAGCUGAGUUCGUGAGAAAGUAUCAGAACAAUGUUCCUGAGCUGUUGAAUGUUUAUCAUGGGAAAAUUGGUCUUCCAAGGCUGGGAUUUGGUGCUGGGGAUAUAUGUCAGUUAAGGCAGUUGUAGCUUGUCAACUUUUGGAAGCCAAAGUAUCCUCAAAUAUUUGUUUGCUGGUGUCAAAUUUCAUUGCUUCAAUGUUUUCAAACUGUUUUACUGCAACAGUAUAAUUACAGCAAAGCUGAAUGAGUGAAAGUCAAUUGCCUUCA